CUACAGCAUCAUCCUGCGCCUUUGUUGUCAGACGGUAGUAAGGCGACUGUUUACCCUUCGAGCUAGCUAACCUGGUCAGUUAAACAGGGGGGAUAUCAGGAUAUGAAAUGUUUAGGAUUACGUUUUGACGUAACUGAAUCAUCCCAAAAGUGGAUGUAAUUAAUUUGAAGACGUCGCCACCGAAGAGGAAGUUUGACACCACCGAGAGUACACAUGUCGUCUGCAGCAGAGACGGUGGAAAAUGCCUCUAUUAUUUCAGAGAGCAUGGCCCAUGAUGGAAACCGCUUGUGGAUAGGCAACAUCGAUCCCAAAAUCACAGAGUACCAUCUGGUGAAGCUGUUGGAGAAGUUUGGCAAAGUGAAGCAGUUCGACUUCUUGUUUCAUAAAUCUGGGCCUUUGGAGGGACAACCACGAGGCUACUGCUUUGUCAACUUCAGCACCAGAGAGGAGGCAGAAAGGGCGAUCCAGUGUUUAAAUGGGAAGCUAGCUUUGUCCAAGAAGCUGGUCGUGCGCUGGGCGCACGCACAGGUGAGGAGGUUUGAAGGUUUCCGCAAUGACAAGACGAUGCCUCCCAGCCUGGAACCAUCGUGCAGCGGUGCAGGAGAGGAAGGAACCAUAACAACCAACCACCUCAGCACGAGUGCAAAGAUCCGUGCCAUCGAGGCCAAGCUGCAGAUGAUGGAGGAGAAUCCAGACGACGACUACUCGGGCCCGUCGGCCUACGUUUACAACAAACCGCCGGAGAGGAAGCGCUGGGAGCCCUACUCUAAAUCACACAACAACCAGAGCAGGCCCUUCCGCAAGUUUAGGAGAUGACCCAUCGUCCCACUUAUUCUGGAGAUCCCCCCUCUUUCCCUCCCCCUGGUAUCUGCACCUCAGCCCCCCCGCCUCCACAUAAACAGCCUCCACAGUAGAUGCUAUACAGACUAUACACAUCCUAUCUGGGAGUGAAAAGAGUGUUGAUCCAGGUGAGCAGACUGUUUGGGAGUGGCCACAGCGAUCAUGGACAAAUACCCAAAGUGUUUUAGUUUUUUCAGGUAUUAUGAGUUCUUAUCCUGUCAGAUGUAUGCCCCAUGUCUGACUUUUGUGCAGAGAUUUAACAGGUGAUUCACAGAGAAAUGCUAUCGUUAAGGAGUCUAAAUGCUCUUUGUUUUUGUCUGCUUCACAUCACAUUAUUUAAGAACUUGUUUUGUUUUUAGGAGGGAGGGGAUUGGCCUUACUUUUGGCUUUAUUUUAGGCGUGUAAUUAAUUGGUUUGUAUUCAUGGAGUUCAGAUAAUAAGCCACAAAGCCACUCAGCGACACUUAACUGUGAGUUGCGGUAUUUUUUCUCUGUGUGUUCCUUGUUUUGUUUUUGUUUUUUUCCUCCCCCCCUAAUGGUUUGCUGGUUUGUCUUGGAUCCAGUUUUUAUAAGACUCUUUUUACUGACUUUUUGUGUAGUGUGUAGAUUUUUUUGGUAUUGCCCUGGUCACAGUCUUAUUAUUUAAUUUUUUCAAUUAAAGCUAAAUAAUCACA